GGUGUUUGGUUUUCCCACCAAAAGCUAAAGAGAAUUAACUCCACAAGAUAUUUAGAUAACACAACACUUCUUAUUCUUCUUCCAUAGAUAACACAAAACACAAACAAACACCAAUGUUGCAGUUUCAGUGUCACCACCACCUUCACUUCUCAAACAAUCUUCCUUUCCCACUAUCACUACCUCACCACCACCAUAACCAUAAACCUUCUCUUCUCCCUUUUCUUCACAAAAAACCCACUUCUUUUUCAAUUUCAGCCAUUCCUCCUUCAUCACUCACAUGGCUCGGAGACAUCAUUACUACAAUCACAACCGACGGUGAAGAUGGACCCAUCGAAAUCCCAAACUCUUCCGCUCCUUCACUUCUCUCCACCACCGACGACCCUUCUUUCAUCCAAAUUGCUGCCAGUAUUCUCCUCACCGGUGCCAUCUCCGUUCUCCUCUUCCGCUCCUUCCGCCGCAGAGCCAAACGUCUCAAACAAACGCAAUUCAGGUCUUCAGGAGAGAAAUCAGUGAAGGAAGAAGCAAUGGAGACGUUGAAAGCAAUGGGGUCUGCUACGAUUGAGACUACUAAGGGACCACCUUCACCUGUUCAAACAUUUCUCGGGGCAGUAUCAGCAGGGGUUAUUUCUCUUAUUAUGUAUAAGUUCGCCACUAUCAUCGAGGCGGGUCUGAGCAGGCAAACCAUUUCAGAGGAUUUCUCUGCUCGCCAGAUAACUAUCACCGUAAGGACGAUUAUAAACGGCUUGACCUACCUUGCAACAUUUAUUUUCGGCCUGAAUUCCGUUGGUCUAUUCCUUUAUUCUGGCCAGCUUGCCCUCAAAUCCUUUACGGGAGAUGCAACUGAAAAGGAAACUGAAAACAAAAGUCCUGAUCAGUCUAGUUUAUCAAAUGUAUCCGUUGAGACUCGCACGAACGACAUUGAAUUGAGCAGCAGGAAUGAAGAACAAAGUUCCAACGAUGCGUAGUAUUUAUUACUAGAACUAUAGUGAAGAUGAAGUUCAUGAAUAGAGACAGAGUAAUAAUGUGUUUACCCUUCUGUCAAUUGCCAGGUUUUGUAUUUUACUUUGUAGUAUGUUGUACUAAGUUGAACUUUAACUGUUCCUUGCAAUACAAUUUUGCAGAAUAAUAAUUGCUCACACGGAUGGAGAUCAUUCCAUGUUUCACUUUAAGGCUUGUUUGUAUUUUAUUGUGCUGUCAUUAUCAAAUCAAUAACCCCAAUAGGGUGGAUUUUUGUCUUAGUGCAAUGACCUCUUAGACCAGAUUGUAAGAGCAUCUCACCCUUGAGCAAAAACAUAGAUCUAUUUAGCCCCUAGGAAGUAAAAAAAGUACAAAUUUCAAAUGCUGGUCAAAAUAAUACUAGUUGACAACUAAAAUGUGUCCCUAGAUUGAUACAUUUCAUUUUUGUAGAGAUCAAAUAAGCCUGUGUUUUUUUCUCAAAAACCAACUUGGAUAUACAGUAAACAUUUUAUAAUGGA